AUGAAGGAGUCGGUCUCACACCAAGCCCCCAAGGUCAUCAAGAAGCUGCAAUUCAGCUUGCUGAACAACCAGGACACCGUUAAGAUCUCAGAAUUCGAGGUUACACAUCGUGAUCUUUAUACACCGGUCGAUCGGCACCCAGUCAAAAAUGGUGUACUUGACCGCCGUCUGGGUACUACCGAGAAGAACUCGUUCUGUGAAACCUGUGGUCUUUCUUCUGUGGACUGCGUUGGUCACUAUGCCUACAUCAAGCUUACGGUCCCUGUCUUCCACAUCGGUUACUUCAAGCACACAAUUGCAAUCCUACAAUGCAUUUGCAAGACAUGUGCCAGAGUUCUUCUCGAGGAGCCCGAUCGCCGUGUCUAUCUAAAGCGCUUUCGUCGUCCGAAUCUAGAGAACAUACAGCGGCAGGCACUCUGCAAGGCAGUAAACACGCUCGCUCGCAAGACUGUCUACUGUCCGUAUUGUUCAGGGACGAAUGGGACGGUCAAGAAGGCAGGCGCUUUGAAGAUCAUACACGACAAGUUCCGUGCUAAGAAGACAGCAGAAGAAAUGGAGAGGUGGAAGUCGACAUUCGCGCCUGCUGUCGAAGCGCAAAAGGAGCUGGCAAUGUACCUCAAUAAGGCCGUUCAUGAGGAUCUGAACCCCCUCAAGGUUCUCAAUCUGUUCAAGCGUAUAUCUGACGAGGAUUGUGAACUACUUGGGCUUCGUCCCGCUUACGGCCGACCGGAGCAGUACGUCUGGCAGUACAUCUCCGUUCCUCCUGUCUGUAUCCGGCCGUCUGUUGCGCAAGACGGCGCCUCAAAUGAAGACGACCUGACCGUUAAAUUGACCGAGAUCGUGUUCACCAAUGCGCUUAUCAAACAAGGACUCGCAAAAGGUGCACCAACUGCGCAGUUUAUGGAACAAUGGGACUUCCUGCAGCUUUCCGUGGCUAUGUAUAUCAACUCCGAACUGCCGGGAGUACCUUCGCAAAUGGGCCAGAAGCCAAUCCGUGGUUUUUGUCAGCGUUUGAAGGGAAAGCAAGGUCGGUUCCGUGGAAACCUUUCAGGGAAGCGUGUCGACUUUUCGGGACGUACUGUCAUCUCUCCGGAUCCCAAUUUGCGCAUCGACGAGGUCGCUGUCCCUGAACGUGUCGCCAAGAUCCUCACAUACCCCGAGCGUGUCACUGCCCACAAUAUUGACAUGCUGAAAAAGGCGAUCAGGAAUGGCUGCGACGUUCAUCCUGGCGCGAACUACGUUACUGCUGGAAGCAACGGCUUCAAGAAGUAUCUUAAGUUCGGUAAUCGGGCUGCUAUCGCUGACGGUCUUAGAAUCGGAGAUGUCGUUGAAAGACAUAUCAUUGACGGAGAUAUUGUGCUUUUCAAUCGACAACCAAGUUUGCACAAGCUUUCUAUCAUGUGUCAUCGAGUGAAAGUGCGACCAUGGAGAUCCUUCCGUCUCAACGAAUGUGUGUGCGGUCCUUACAACGCUGAUUUUGAUGGCGAUGAGAUGAACCUUCACGUCCCGCAAACCGAAGAAGCACGAACCGAGGCUCUCGAGCUCAUGAGUGUGAAGCAUAAUCUCGUCACGCCUCGUAACGGAGAGCCCGUUAUUGCUGCUAUUCAGGACUUCAUUACCGCGUCUUUCUUGCUCUCCCGUAAAGACACAUUCUUUGAUCGGCGCCAGUUCACUCAGAUCUGCUCGUAUUUUGGUGAUGCGAACAUGCAGAUUGACAUUCCCCCACCCACAAUCUGGAAGCCAGUUCGUCUUUGGACAGGCAAACAGGUCUUUAACGUCCUCAUGCGUCCAAACAAGAGCUCGAAGGUGUUCGUGAAUGUUGAGUCCAAGUGUAACAAGCAGGAAAAACCGGACCCGAAGCAUUAUCCACGCAUGAAUCCCGCUCCCGAUCUGUCUCCCAAUGACGGCUGGCUUGUGAUUGUGAACAGCGAGAUCAUGUGUGGUGUCAUGGACAAGGCGACGGUCGGAAGCGGCAAGAAAAAGUCGGUAUUCGGUGUCAUCAUGAGGGAUUACGGUCCCGAUGAGGCUGCAGCGGCGAUGAACAGGUUGGCGAAACUCUGUGCUCGGUAUCUGGCGAACUACGGAUUCUCUCUUGGGAUUAACGAUGUCAUCCCUGGUCCCAAACUUUCGAACGAGAAGGACAAGUUGGUAGAGACGGCAUACGCCGAAUGUCAAGACCUUAUCAUGCGUGCCAAGAAGGGUCUUUUGGAGAACAAGCCUGGCUGUGACCAGGAACAGACACUCGAAGCGAUGAUUUCUGGUGUUUUAUCGAAAGUCCGUGACAAGGUUGGAGAAAUAUGUCUGAAGGAGCUAAGCCGACAUAAUGCCCCUCUUAUCAUGGCUACCUGUGGUUCUAAGGGUUCGGUCAUCAACGUCGCGCAGAUGGUUGCUUGUGUGGGCCAACAGAUUAUUGCUGGCCAUCGUGUGCCGGAUGGCUUCCAAGAUCGUUCAUUACCGCACUUCCCCAAAAAAUCAAGGGAACCACCAUCCAAAGGUUUCGUUCGGAAUAGCUUUUACACUGGCUUAUCGCCGACAGAGUUUCUCUUCCACGCUAUCUCUGGUCGAGAGGGUCUAGUCGAUACGGCUGUCAAGACCGCUGAGACAGGAUACAUGCAGCGUCGUCUCAUGAAGGCUCUGGAAGAUCUGGUUACUCACUAUGACUCUUCUGUGCGCAAUGCGGUCGGUGGUGUCGUGCAGUUCCGAUAUGGAGACGACGGUCUUGAUCCAGCGUGCCUUGAAGGUGAUGCGCAGCCUGUAGAGUUUUUAAGAGCUUGGAGCCACGCAUCCUCAAUUGCCUCACGCUCCACUCGGGGUCUACUACCGUUCGAGAUUCUUGAGUUGGUAGAUCGCGAACUCUCACGCCGUCAAUUCACCAGUGAAUGUACCGCGGCCUAUCUUGCCACUAUCCGCGGUUUUGUCACCGAGCAUAUCGCCCAUAGAUUGGCGGAGAUCAGAAGAAACCAUGGCAUGUUUGAGGCCUUGGAACGCGAAGAAGAAUGGGAUGAAGAGACAGACUUGUCUCUAGGCGCUUCUGACGCAGAUAAAGCCGUCGUGGACAAUAAGCUCAAGGUGACUGAGGACCAACUACGAGCGUUCUUGGGGGUUUGCUGGACUAAGUAUGUCAAGGCGAAAAUCGAGCCCGGCUCAACGGUUGGUGCUGUCGGAGCUCAGUCCAUUGGAGAGCCAGGAACACAAAUGACACUCAAGACCUUUCACUUCGCUGGCGUCGCAUCAAUGAACGUCACGCUUGGUGUACCGCGCAUCAAAGAAAUCAUCAACGCAGCGAAGGCAAUCAGUACCCCGAUCAUUAGCUGUAAACUCGUUACCGCUGAUAGUGAGGCAUCUGCUCGCAUCGUGAAGGGGCGAUUGGAGAAGACGCAUCUUGGUGACGUUGCUGCUGUAUUGGAGGAAGCUUGGGCUCCAGAAUACACCUACAUUGGUAUCAUUGUGGACAUGAAGACUAUCCAGGAUCUUCAGCUUGAGCUCACAUUAGACGACAUCAAGUGGGCCAUCGUAGCUGCUAAAAAGCUCAAAAUCAAGCAAGAGUCGAUCACCGUCAUCCCUCGCAAAGAUCGACUACGGGUGUAUAUUGAUGGACCUGACAAAUACUACCGCUUGCGCGAGUUGAAGAGGAUGCUUCCUGAAGUUGUCGUGAAGGGUGUCCCCACCAUUCGUCGCGCUAUUAUUAAUAUCAAGGAAGAUGACGAUCAUCGAGGAAAGAAAGGUGACAAGGAACUACUCGUGGAAGGGUAUGGCCUCCAGAAGGUUAUGGUAACACAAGGUAUCGUUGGCGAGCAGACUACUUCCAAUCACAUCAUCGAAGUCGCACAAGUGCUCGGUAUAGAAGCUGCAAGACGCACGAUCAUCAAUGAGAUUCAGUAUACAAUGGCCAGCCACGGUAUGAGCAUCGAUCCUCGGCACGUCAUGCUUCUCGGAGACGUCAUGUCAUACAAGGGCGAAGUGUUGGGUAUCACACGUUUCGGCGUCGCGAAAAUGAAGGACAGCGUUUUAAUGCUGGCGUCAUUUGAAAAAACAACAGAUCACCUGUUCGACGCUUCCGCAUACGGCAAAACUGACAGCAUCGCUGGUGUCUCGGAGAGCAUUAUCAUGGGUAAUCCUGCUGCGAUGACCGGAACGUCUAUGCCUGCAUUGGUCACUCCUGCUCCACACAUCAGCAAACCCAGGAAGCUCUUGUUUGAGGGCGCGCUUUGA